AUGCUCCACGCCCUGAGCAGCUGGAGGAACAACUGUGCGUGCGCUGCGGAGGGCCGCCGAAUCAUGUCGAUGAGCCCAAAGCAUACGACUCCUUUCUCAGUGUCUGACAUCUUGAGUCCUUUGGAGGAAAGCUACAAGAAAGUGGGCAUGGAGGGCAGUAACUUGGGGGCUCCCUUGUCAGCCUACAGACAGUCUCAGGUUUCUCAACCGGCCAUGCAGCAGCACCCCAUGGGCCACAACGGAACAGUGACUGCUGCCUACCAUAUGACAGCGGCAGGGGUCCCCCAGCUCUCCCAUGCUACGAUGGGGGGCUACUGCAAUGGGAACCUGGGCAACAUGAGCGAGCUCCCUCCUUACCAGGACACCAUGCGGAACAGCGCUUCGGCGACAGGAUGGUACGGCACCAACCCGGACCCCCGCUUCUCCUCAAUCUCCCGCUUCAUGGCGCCGUCCUCGGGCAUGAACAUGGGCGGCAUGGGCAGCCUCGGGUCCCUGGGAGACGUGAGCAAGAGCAUGGCCCCUCUCCAGAGCACGCCGCGGAGGAAACGGAGGGUCCUUUUUUCCCAGGCCCAGGUUUACGAGCUGGAGAGACGUUUCAAGCAGCAGAAAUACCUCUCCGCCCCGGAGAGGGAACAUUUAGCCAGCAUGAUACAUCUCACCCCGACUCAGGUCAAAAUCUGGUUCCAGAACCACCGCUAUAAGAUGAAACGCCAGGCCAAAGACAAGGCUGCACAGCAGCAGAUGCAACAGGAGAACGGCUCAUGCCAGCAGCAGCAGUCUCCCAGAAGGGUGGCGGUGCCAGUGCUUGUAAAGGAUGGCAAGCCCUGCCAGGCAGGCUCCAACACACCCACAGCAGCGAUCCAGAGCCAUCAGCAGCAGGCAGCUACAACGAUCACAGUGGCUACCAAUGGCAACAGCCUCGGACAGCAUCAGAGCCACCAGACAAACAGUGCGGGGCAGUCUCCAGACAUGGGACAGCACUCGGCCAGCCCUUCCUCUCUGCAGAGCCAAGUCUCCGGUUUGUCUCACCUAAACUCUUCUACUUCUGACUAUGGCACUGCCAUGUCUUGCUCCACCUUACUAUACGGUAGGACCUGGUGA